AGUUCAUAGGAAAAAUUCAUGUGUAGUGUUAGAAGUUGUACGUAACAAAGUUAAGAAUUAGAAACUAAUAUGGUACAACUAAUAUUGACUGCUAUAUUUGUAGUCUUUCUAUUUUACUAUUAUGCUAUAAAGCCCUUGAAUUAUUGGAAAGAGAAAGGAGUAAAGCAAUUAAAACCAAAAUGGCUAUUUGGAGACACUUGGACAACAGUUUUCCAGAAGGAAUCGAUUGGGGAAAUGCUUAUUAACCUAUACAACGCAGCUGGAAAAUCAAGGUAUCUUGGAAUAUAUCAAUUUACGACGCCCGUUCUUUUUAUUAAGGACCUAGACUUGGUAAAGCAAAUUGCAAUUAAAGAUUUUGACCACUUCAUGGACCAUAGAAGUGUGAUUAACGAAGACGCAGAUCCACUAGUUGCCAAAAACUUAUUUAGUAUCACAGGGCAAAAAUGGAAGGACUUACGGGCAAUACUCACUCCUUCAUUUACUGCCAGCAAACUUAAAACAAUGUAUCAUUUAAUAACGGAAUGCGGUGAAACUUUUGCCAAUUUCUUUUUAAAAAAGAAUCAAGAUUCAAUGGAAAUUGAGAUGAAGGAUGUUUUUCUGCGGUACUGUAACGAUGUAAUCACUUCGAUAGCUUUUGGAAUCAAAAUGGAUUCGUUGGAAGAACCUGACAAUGAAUUCUUUUUAACGGCAAAAACAGCUACUAAUUUUAAUGGAUUUUGGGUCAAUGUUAGACUGUUGGCUACUUUGAUUUUUCCAAAAUUAUGUACGUUCUUAGGUGUACCUCUCUUCGAUAGAUAUGUUCGACAAUUUUUCUUUAGUGCUGUCGAUGAAACAAUUAAAACGCGAGAAGAAAAAGGAAUAGUGCGACCGGACAUGAUUCACUUACUAUUGGAAGCAAGGAAAGAAAUGGCUCAGAAGUCGGAAAAAUCUGCAGUCCCAGGAAAAACUACUAUUCAAAAAUUAAGUAACAUUGAUAUAGCCGCGCAAGCAAUGCUGUACUAUUUGGCUGGUUUUGAUUCUGUUUCUACAACCAUGUGCUUUAUGGGUUAUGAGUUGGCACUAAAUCCGGAUAUACAAAAAAGGCUUAGAGCAGAAGUAGAAGAAACACUUAAAAAAUGCAACGGAAAAGUGACAUAUGAGGAAAUUGGCAAUAUGAAAUAUAUGGAUAUGGUAUUAUCAGAAACCCUACGAAAAUGGUCAGUUCCAGCUCCAGUAGACCGAGUUUGCACCAAGCCAUACACGAUUCCACCAGUAACUCCUGACGAGAAGCCUAUCCACUUGCAGAAGGGUUCGGUAAUCUGGUUCCCCUCCUUCGCAUUUCAUCGUGAUCCUAAUAUUUACUCUAACCCAGAACAAUUCGAUCCAGAACGGUUCAAUGACGAAAACAAAGAUAAAAUAAAUCCUUGUGCUUACCUUCCGUUUGGAGUUGGGCCUAGGAGUUGUAUAGGGCUUAGAUUUGGUCGUUUGGAAAUUAAAGUAGUAUUUAUUUACCUUUUAGCGAAUUUUGAACUAAAACCAUGUGCUAAAACUCAAAUUCCUAUAAAACUUGCUAAAAACCAGUUUGGUCUAGCUUAUGUUAAUAAUUUCUGGGUAAAUUUAAAAAGAGUGCAAAGUAAAUUAUGUUGAUUAUAUAAUAUAUACGAUUUUUAAUGCAAUAUUUAUUUAUUAAAAAUUUAAAUUU